AUGAGCAAGGGUCCUGGUGUAUAUUCAAGUAUUGGUGAUAAAGCAAAAGAUGUUCUUUACAAGGACUAUGCUCAACCAUCACCAAUUCACUUUCACUACAAGUUCAUGGAUUGGAAUGCAGGUUUUGCUUGUAAAGUUGUAGAAAUCGUACCUGGAUUCAGGACAGUUUUCAAGUGUACGAUACCAGAUUCCGGGAAGGUAGAACUACAGUAUUUGAAUAGAUUCACUGGGAUUAGUGGAUGCAUUGGGUUAUUAGGAAGCGAAGAAGGACAAUAUGAACCUGUUCUAAACUUCUCCGGUCUUCUAGGAACAAGCAUUCUGUCCCUGGGAGCCAAUGUUGCCUUCCACAUACCGACAAGAUCGAUAAGCAAGCUCAAUGCUGGUUUCGGCUUCAACAGUGCCUUUCUUGAAGCUUCAUUGACCUUGCAUGACAGCUUCGACACUCUAAAAGCGACCUUUUAUCAUCAAGUGAAUCCCCUGACUCAGACUGCCAUUGCAACACAGGUGAAGCAUAGCUUGUCACUCAAGGAAACUGGUGUCAGCAUUGGUGUUCAGCACGCGUUCUUUCCGGAGACGCUGUUAAAGGCUCGAUUCGACAGCUCUGGCAAGGCAGGUACUCUUAUUCAACAAGGGUUUUGGCAUAAAUUUUUUGUAACUAUGGCUGGUGAAAUUGAUUUUGGGGCCGAAGAUAAGACUCCGAAGUUUGGAGUUUCCAUGGCUCUAAGGCCCUAG